AAGAAAUGGAAUCAGAUCCUAGAUUUGCAAGAAAAUUUUCUUACUUUUCUAGGGAUUUUCCUCAAAAUCCUAGUGUAAAAUCAGAGAUCCCCACACUAGUUCCAUUGCAACCAAGUUCAACUCUUUCUCCCUCACCAUCACAUUUCAACAGCUCCUUCCCUAUGAUCCCAACUCCAUCGUACAAGAAUGCAUCAACCAAUGUAUUGCAGGAAAAGAUAUUCGACGGUAAGAAUCCAAUGACAUUUGCACCAAAUAGCAACAAAAGGGAAGUCAUGCAUGGCCGCCUUAACACUAGCAAUGGAAUUUGGGACUUAUCAAAGAAAAAUAUCUUCCGACAUGGUGAAACUUGUCAACAUGGAGUGAGUUCAUCGCUAGUUAACGAUGCGAAUCCAUCUAUCGCGUUUAUGUCUGAUUUUCAAGAAGAUCCUUCAUUCAUUGGUGGAAUUGGAAACAAAUCCCCCGUCAAUGACCGAGAAGUCGUUCUCAGCGACAAGAAGCAACGUAAGAGAGUUCACAAGAAUGUUGAAACUCACCAUAGAGAUCUCAAUAUAACCAAAGGCCAAUGGAGUGAAAAUGAGGACAGGAUUCUUGUUCAAUUGGUGAAUCAAUUUGGAAGUAGAGAAUGGUCUCAAAUUGCAAAGUUUCUAAGUGGCAGGAUCGGGAAACAAUGUAGGGAAAGAUGGAAUAAUCAUCUUCGGCCCGAUAUUAAGAAGGACUCGUGGAGCCAAGAGGAGGAUAAAAUACUAAUUGAAGCUCACAAGAAACUUGGGAACAAAUGGUCUGAAAUUUCAAAGAAAUUGCCCGGGCGCACAGACAACACCAUCAAGAACCACUGGAAUGCCACCAAGCGUAGCCAAAUUGCGAAGAAGAGGCAGAGCAAACGUAAAAGUUCGAAGCUAAAUGCACUUCAAAAGUAUAUCAUUGAAGUCGAAGCCGCAAAGGAAGCUGGAAAGAAGCGGUUGGAGGAUUCCAUUAGCAGGAUGAAUAUUGAGAAUCAACUUAACUUCAACAAUGCCAACGGAAGUCCUGGAGGUUUGGCUGCUCGUCCAGAAGGUGAAAUUGAAGGCUAUGUUCCAAUGAUGGUCAAUGGUGGUGAUGAUGGAAUGGGAAAUGGAUUUGGAGCAAUGAAUUGUGAUUAUGGAUCAUAUGCAAUGGAGUUUUUUCCUGAGGUUCCUAUGAAUCAGGAAAUUGAUCUCAUGAAGAUGUUCUGUAAAAACUCUUAGAGUUUGUUUGAGAGUUGGUUUUUGGAAAGUUUUGGAAGAGAAGACUUUGGAGG